CUUCCUUUAUCACGUCGUCUUUCACAGAGCGCACGAAUACAACACGCUGGCUCAGAUUGGAAACGUCGGUGGUCUCGUCGAGUUGGAGGCUGAAUGUAGCUGGGCUUGACAUCAGAUCUGCAACUACUUGAGCCAAGAUGUCGUCGCUCACGUCGUCUAUUCUGCUGCUGAUUGUGUCAUUCGAAAGAGGAAUUUGGGAUAACUUCUCUUCAGCAGCUUUUCCCAGCAUGAUAUUCACCAUCUUCAACGCAGCUGGUUUUACCAGUGUUUCACCAAUGGGUGGUGGUCGGCAGCCUGUCCAGCGUCUCCACGUGGAGCCCUCUGCAGCUGAUGAUGACAGAAAACAUCAGCUCGGACGUCCUGAUUCCUCUGAACCCUGCAGACUCUCAGACAGCAUGGCACGCGUUGGCCACGCCGGCAUGACGGCAGAUGAGGUGACGGAAAACAUCGAGGCUGCUUUCCAAACAGUGGCGGCCAAACUACGCACGAAAAGUCCGGUGAUAAAGCUCAUCCAUAUAAAGAGCCAGACGUCGGGGGCCCUGCCCAUCUACACGUCAGACCUGAACCACCUCAGCGUGCUGGACGAGGCAGAGAAACAGGCUCAGGCUGCCAGGCAGGAGGCUGCGGCCAAAAAGCAGGCGAAGAAGAACAAGGCGGCGGAGGAGAAGAAAAGCGCGGUGACGGGGGGAGAAAUCCCACAGCUGGUUCCCAUAGCAACACCUAGCAAAAAGCCCAAACUGGAGAAGGCACCCAAACCUGCUGCAGCGAAGAAAGGAAGGAAAGGAAAGAAAGCACCAAACAAAAUGACCAAGACAUCUGGAAAGACUGAGUCCAAAGGGAAGAGAAGAGUUCCCAAAGUGAAGUGAUUGUCAGAGCGUCUUCACACAUGACGCUCUCAACAUGGACGUUAUAUUACGGGACCAGGUUGUUCAGACUGGUCAAUAUAUUCACUCUGUUCUGUCUUUCUUUGCUCGGAUGAUGCAGAUUAUAAAGUGGAACUGAAAUGAUCUUUGGCUGUGUUGUGUUCUCUAAAUGAUGAAUAAUAAAAGUGUUCAUUAUAAUAGAGAUGUUUUAUCAUAGCAGGAGAAGGUGGAGCUGAUGUUGUCAACAAUGGCUGUUUACUGAUGUGCAUCAAUAAUCCAUGUUAGUGAUGAACAGUGAAGGUGCAGCACUUAUUCACUUUAAUGCUGCUAUUUCCCCGAGUUGGUCAAUUUGACUUCAGUGUGACAAGAAAAACAAUGUUUUGUAAAGCGUCUCGACGCUGCUGUUUAUUAAUGUUGCCCUCCAACAUACGGAAACACUUUGUCCCAGAAGUGUUGCAGCACAUUUCAUAUAACUGUUAAUUAUUGCUUCACCUGCCCUGUUAUGAUGCUAUAAGUGACUAAUGUGCGUCACUGUACGAGGACAGCAACUAAGGUUUACAACAUAAAACAUUACAUGUGAGCAAAAGUUAAAAUGCAAUAUGUGAAUUUAAUAAAACAUUUCUUACACUCAACCAA